AUGAGAGCCAGAAAGCAGCUGGUCUGCACACAGCCUCAUUCUGGCUAUGAGAUUUCGGUACUUCUUGUAGGUGAACACCAUGUUUCGUACAUUGCUUGGAUUAACAGGAUAGACCUCGUCAUCCUCGGUGAUGUAGAUGGGCACUUGGGGCUCUGCCAUUUCCUUGCGCAGCCGAAAUGGGUUGAAGUGCUGGUCACUGGAAAGAGGCAGUUAUGGGGAGAGAAGAAUGAGGCAGAAGAAACCUACACGAAUGUCGGCUUUGCUUGCGGCACGCAUCUGUCACUGUUGGAGGUCGAGAGGCAGCUGAGAGUCGACCAGCUCGUCACUUUCUUGCCGUACGCAAGCUUGAAUUUAGUUGUAAAGAUGAUACCUUGCUCUGAUAGUGGUCGUCAUGUGACGGGCGAAAGCUUAGCACCUUUUCACCAGAAUCGAAGGAGAUUGCCUCGGAAACAGCACCAGCAUAAAUCUUCCAGUAAAGCCAAUCGACAGCUGGUCAAGAGGAAUCGGCCGUCGUCUUCUGGUGGAAUCGCCAAACACUUUCACUCGAAAGGGGGUUUUGCCAUUCGCUACGAACUCGUCAUCGAUGCCGACUACGAGGCCGGCGAAACGCUUGAGAAUGUACCAAGUCAACUGUCAGAUGCUGGGACUCAUGACAACUACUAUGGCAGACGAGUUCGGACUAGGUUUGUUCUACAUAGUCGCCCUGACAACAAGACCAAGUUGCGACAACGAGGUCAACCCACUGUGGCUAUACCAGAGGCCACAACAUCUUGGUCUUCAUGUAUUCAAUCUAACUUUUCUUUGCUUGCAUGUGGAUGA